GAACAAAGUAACCCGCUAGACAACCUUUGACCGGUCGCAAUCAAAAGUAAGCCUGAGAUGGAUGGAUUCAGUGAAGAACAGGCAUUGUCAUUAGUUGCACAGAUUCAGGACUGGCAGUCAAUAAUGGCUCGCUAUUAAAGCAUGUCCGCUCACAGACAGAGUCCAGCGUGUUCAGUUACCCGGUCGGGGUCUCGUGCUUCCCCACGGUACUACCUCGCGCUAAAUUUCAGCAAGCGCUAGAGAUUCAAGAAAUUUACAAUCGACUCUACUGCUCCGUCGCCGAGGACGAGCAGUGGAUCCAUGAUGCCAUCCGAGACAUCAUCCCCGUCGAGCCCCUAGCCACGGCGCUCUGGAGUAUUUACGAAGCGGCUAAAGAAACAGGAUACAUCCAAAAAGUCUCCGUAGGGAUCUUUCGUUCGGAUUAUAUGCUCCAUCUGAAUGACGGGGUCGAACCUCGGGCCCCGAAUGCAGUAUUUGAAACGAGCCUGAAACAGGUCGAACUGAACACUUUCUCCUCCUCCGGUGGAUCCCACGCAAAUAAGGUAGGAGACAUGCAUCGGUAUCUUGCCCGAACGGGGAUAUACAAUGUAAAAGACACGUUUCUGGACAUCUCGUCACUCCCAGUCAACAACAACAUCAAGUCACUUGCCUCCUGUCUCGCCCAGGCCCAUACCACCUAUGGUGGGCCAAGAAGUCAAGAGGCCAGACAGACGGCAGUGUUGAUGAUUGUACAGCCAAACAAUUUCAACACGGCAGACGAGCGCCCCAUAGAAUAUACACUAUGGGACCGAGAAGACCCAGUACCAACCUAUCGACUCGAGUUUGGCCCCGACGUUCUCGAGUAUACCCGGCUCACCGAGAACCGAGAAUUGCUCUUCCACCCACCGUGGCUCGCAUCAAAAGCCCCGGUGGAAAUCUCGGUCGUGUACUUGCGUGCUGGGUAUGAAGCAGAGGAAUACAACCACGUCGGUUGGGAGGCCCGACUCCAGUUGGAGAACUCCGUGGCAAUCAAAUGCCCUUCUCUUCUCGCCCAUAUUACAACCUUUAAGAAGGUACAACAAGCACUUGCCGCACCGGGAGCACUAGAAAGGUUCCUCUCGGAGUCGGAUGCUGCCACGAUUCGAGAGACCUUCGUACCCGUGUUUCCCUUAGACGAAUCCGAGCAAGGGCUCUUUGCUAGAAAGGUGGCGUGCGAUCCCGAAAAAUCGGUCAACUACAUCUUGAAGCCCUCCUUGGAAGGUGGAGGACAUAACGUGUACGGAACCGAGAUCCCAGACUUUCUCGCCUCAAUCCCUAAAGAACGGUGGUUCUCAUACAUCCUGAUGGAACGAAUUCAACCGCCGAUUCAGUCGAAUGUUCUUAUGGGCCCGACGGCUCUGGACAGUGGACAGACAGUCUCGGAGCUAGGCAUCAUAGGAUGCUGUCUAUGGCAAUCACCAUCCGACCAGACGUCCGACCAUCGGUGCAAGAUGCUCCACAACUCGGUGGGCGGUUGGACCUUCAAGACUAAAUUUGCCGAUGUCGACGAAAUGAGCGUGGUCAAGGGCUAUGGACACUUUGAUACGCCACGAUUAAUGGAUCCCUGAUUGGGUGGUCGACACAGCAUGCUGCGCUUGUGGUGGUUUGUCCGAAAAUCUACCGAGACAGGCGAGUCAAUGCCACCACAUUCUUAUCACGGACUUCCUAGAAGCCUGCCUAGUCAAGAUAUUCAAGGUGACAAGGCUCUUAUUUUCGAAUUAUGUGAAUUCUCCAGAUUGAAGCAGCAUAUUCUCUUUCAUCUUUCAAGUCAUUUUUCAUGAUAUUGCGCGUUUCUUCUCCAAUUUCCAUAUUUCACGGCCAAUAAGCUCCUCG